CAGGGGGGGCCGCUGGUGCUCGGUUCCCUGCGGGGCUCCGGGGGCUGCCCCCGCCGAGGCGCCGCUGACGGGCAGCACGUUCCCAGCGCAGGAUUGCGACAGACGCGUCCGCUCUGGCUGCUGCUGAAUCACCCAAAAAGCCCUCCCUGGCCCCAAAAAGGGGCAUCCCCGAGGGGAUACGGGGGUCCGAGAGGGGUUGAGGGGUCACAGCCCCCCCCUUUUCCUGGCAGGGGACCCCACCCCAAGCCCCCUUCAGACCCCCGAAAACGCCCCCGGGAGCCCCUCAGAGCCCACCAGCCGCUCCCACUCGGGGCACGAGCAGGGAGCAGGGGCUGGGGGGUGCUGAGGGUCUCAUCCCCAGGGGGGGUCCCCGCCAGCCUCACCCACCCACGGCACCCCAAAUUCUCCCUCUCCCCGCUGCAGCCGCCGCUGCCAUGUCGGCCGAAAACCCCGCGGCGCCGGCAGAGGCCGGGCCGGACACCAAGAGCGUGGUGAACCGCGUGGCCAACCUGGCGCUGGUGAGCUGCGCCUGCGGGGCCGUGGCCUCGGCGUACGGCCGCACCAAGCAGAGCCACCCCUGCGUGCGCUCCGUCUGCAGCGCCGCCGAGAAGGGGCUCAGGACCCUGACGGCAGCAGCAGCGAGCGGGGCCCAGCCCCUCCUCACCCGGCUGGAGCCCCAGAUUUCCACCGCCAACAAAUUGGCCUGCAAAGGGCUGGACAAGCUGGAGGAGAAGCUGCCCAUCCUGCAGCAGCCCCCCGAGAGGGUGGUGGCCGGGACCAGGGAGCUGGUGUCGUGCACGGUGAGCGGGGCCGUGGCCAGGACGCGCUCGGCGCUCGGGGCCGUGGUGGGAACCCGCGUGGGGCGGCUGCUGGCCACGGGCGUGGACGCCGUGCUGGGCAAAUCGGAGUCGCUGCUGGAUGGGCACCGCCCCGGGACGGGCGAGGAGCUGGCGGCGGCAGCAGGCACAGAGGUGACCACGGGCACGGAGGUGACCACGGGCAAGAAGGUGACCACGAGUUCAGAGGUGAUCAGGGGCACGGAGGUGACUGCGGGCACAGAGGUCACCAUGGGCAGGGAGGUGGCCAAGGGCAAGGAGGUGACCACGGGCAAGGUGACCACGAGCUCAGAGGUGACCAGGGGCACGGAGGUGACCACAGACACAGAGGUGGCCACGGGCACGGAGGUCACCACGGGCACGGAGGUCACCACGGGCACGGAGGUCACCACGGAGGUGGCCGCGCAGGAGCGGCAGAGGCGCUGGCAGAGCUACUUUGUCCGCGUGGGCUCGCUGUCGGCCAGGCUGCCUCACCGGGCCCUGCGGCGCUCGCUGGGGGACCUGCAGCGGGCACGGCUCCGUGCCCAGCGGCUCCUGGCCCAGCUCCACCACGUCAUCCAGCUGAUCGAGGAGGGGCAGCGGGGCACGGACGGGCCCUGGCACAGCACGCGGGAGCACCUGCACGGCCUGUGGCUGGAGUGGAGCCAGCAGGACGCGGUGCCCAUGGAGGACAACGAGGUGGAGGCUCGGACGCUGGCCAUGCUCCAGGGGCUCCUGCACCAGCUUCACGCCGCCUGCUCCCACCUGGCCGCCGGCGCCCGGGCGUUCCCCAGCAGCGUGCAGGAGACGGCGGGACACGUCCGGCACGGCGUGGAGGGCGUCCAGGCUUCUCUGGCCAGCGCCCGCUCCUUCCAGGACCUGUCGGGCAUGGUGCUGGCGCAGAGCCGGGACGCGGUGAUGCGGGCGCAGCUGAGCCUCGAGGGGCUGCUGGAGCACGUGGGGCAGCACACGCCGCUGCCCUGGAUCCUGGGACCCUUCGCCCCCGCGCUCGUGGAGUAUCCCGAGGACGUCCCGGUGGAUAUGUCCAAGUGGGAGGGCUGUGUCACCGUGGGGGGCACGCGCCGGGCGCCCGCCGCCCCCCGGGUCUGCAGCCAGCGCUGAGUCCCCGGUGCCCCUGAGCUGGGGGAGCGCCCACCCAGAGCUACGAACGCCGAUCCCGCCGGGACUGAGGGGGUGAUGGACCCGGUGACCCGGCGUGGGACCCCAGCGUCACGGCCGGGGGCUCCUGCGGGGAUGGUGGCAGGUGGAGGACGCAGCGUGAGUCUGUCUGGGAUCCAGGGCUAAGCCCCGGGAGCACUGGGAUUUCGUGUCUGAACAGCUUCAAACCAGUUUAAAGAGGAAGAAAACAAGUUUUUCGGCCUCAAAAAUGACUCAGAGCUUGCAGUGCUGUGGCAGAGCCACCGUGCCGGGAGCACCGGGGGGCUCUGCACGGG